CAGAAGCUCUGGGUACGAGGUUGAUGCAGUAAUCGUUUCAGAACAGGAGAUGGUUGUGAACAGCCAGAAAAUAAAACUAUAUAUAAUGAAAAGAAUGAACAUUAUUUUCUCACUCUGAUAACUGCAGGUUGAACACCAUCUGCUGCACGAUGGUGCUCAGUGAAACCUACUAAUGCACUACGCUGAAUCGAGGCAAGUGAAUUAAAUCCCAAUUCGUCAAUUCCACUGAAAUAAUUUGCUAAAUUUCCUCAUUUUGGGGAGAGAAAGUCGAUCGUUUAACUGAACGACCAAGAAAGAUUGGCUUCCUCUCAAAGAUGUUACUUAUUCAUCAUCUUACAUUGGCACGAUUUAUACACGGUCCAUCUAUCAUGACACAUUAUUCGACGGAUCAUCCCUCUCAGUGUGUUCAGAUGAACUAGCUAAAAUACUGUGAACUAUAUCCAGUGCUUCUCUAAUGCGUAUUUGUGCACAUACACAGAUCAUUUGUCAAGAUGAACAACGCACAGAAAUUUCAUCCAUGAUCCGUUUGCCGCUUUAUUGACACACUCAAGAAAAUUAUUUAGACGGACAUUCUUUUCUUUGUCCAAGUUCGUCCAGAGCAAUACUUACCAAAUUAACAGUAAAUUUAUAAUGUUUUGAGGUAUGGGUGAGUUGUUGUAUGACAAGCUAGUCAUUUGAGUACCACUUUGAAUGUUUUAGGUAAAGUUACCACUGGUCUACCCAUCUUUAAAUUUCUUAUUAAAUUAUACUCUAUACAAUGUAUUGCAAUACACCCUUCGGGAAAGUAUGUCACUUUGGCUUUUGAGCCUCGUUUUUUUCUAUGACAUUGCACUUUAACUAAUGUCACAGAAUGUCACAUGCACGGAAGCGAGGCUCUAGCCUCUAUGGCCAAAGUGAAGUACUUCCCGAAGGGUGUAUUAGUGAGAUAAUUGGAGUCCUACACCAGUCAGAAUUCUGAAUGAAAUUGUAAUUAUAUUUUGUAAUUACGUGUUGGUUUGUCGUACAAAAAAAUUUCAAUUGGUGAAUCUACAUAUCUGACUGGUACCCCAUAUAUUAUUCUAUAGUUAUAACCCUUCGAAAGUUUAUUGCCGAAUUUCUUUAUUUGGUGUUCAACUGCAGAAAUGUUGACAUAGGAACUUAAACUACAACUCUCAAUUCCAUUUAUUUGCCUACUAAUCGAAGACCACGAUUUUUGACGUUUUGAUUUGGAGCACCUGUGGCAAGAUGGCGCUAUGGCGGGAAGUUUAAAAACCUUGCCUUCAAAAUUUGAAGAUAAAAAAUAGGAAGAAAUAGCUAUAUUUUAUUCAAAGUACGUCCUUGAAACGAUAACUAAGGUAAGUAUUCUCUAUUUUCAGUGUUUGUGUUUAAUUUUGUGCUUUUAUUUGCUAAAAAAAUGAUCUUUUUCUUGCGUUUUCUAGCCCGAAAGUUGUGAUAAUGUCAGAUUGCAAACAUGGAUAACGACCUUCUCUGCAAUUUUAGAAAAUGUAGAAAACGUCUGAGCUCUUUCUCUUGGGUAAAUAAUCUUUGUAUUCCAUGAAAAUUAAACAAAUUAUCUUGUUUUUUGUAGUGCUAUAUAAAGCUAUAUAAAAUCCAUAUUUUUGUCUUGUUUUUUGUAGGUGACUUCUUGUUCCCGUAUCCUUUUGUACUUUUUGUUAAAAAAAAACACGAUUUUGUACAAGCGUAAACACUGUAAUAUUGACAUUAUUGCAAUUUCUAAGUAUUGUACAAUUGCAUUUAUAAAAAGUGGGAAAUAAUAAGAAAGAAAUACUGGUUACAAUGAUAGAUUUAUAUAAUUUUCUUAAUUUUUAUAACUCAGAUAUAUUUUGUGAUGAAGAUGGUACUAGAGAGUUUAACAAAGCUUACGUUUGCCCAGCUUGUAAGUAAAUAUUAAUUGCAAUUGGAUAUUAGCAAUUUUUAGCUCAUAAGUUAGGUCAUCCUUCCAUCAAUAUAAAUAUGUGGGUCAAUUUGCAAUGUCCCAGCACAGUUUGUGAUAAUUAAUGGUUGAUAUAUAUGUUUAUACAAGAUACAAUUUUGUUCUACUAGGUUGUCCAAUUUUGGAUAUACUGUAACAUAUUAACUGUGCUGUUUAACUUGGUUUGACAACAGCACUUGCAUACUGUCUUUCUUCAUUCAUGUCUGGUAGUUCUUCCCAGACCUGCUCCUGGAAGUGGAAAGCCUCAGCUGACUUAAUAACAUAACCACUUUCAUCAUUGAACCCACCCAUUACAACAAGUACAUCGCCUGUAACAACAGCGGCACAUCCUUCUCGACUAUACUUCAUGGAGGGCAAAUAUUUGGAUUCCCCUGUUGUUAGAUUGUACAUAACAACAGUAUCUUUAGUAGUAUAGGUUUCAUCUUCUCUUCCACCAAGAAGAAUGACAUUAUUUUGCCAAAUAACACCAGCCAUCUCAUCAACUGGAAAAGGCAAAGGUGUCAUCAUCUUCCAUUCUUUGCUAACAGGAUUAUACAUCAUGACAGUGUCACAUGUUUUAUCACCGUCAUACCCUCCAAUGAUAAAAAGUUUGUCUUCAAACAGUUCCAUAGUGUGAUCAAAUCUUUGUUCGGGCAUUGUUGUUACAAUGUUUGUAGAGUAUGGAGGGACCAUGGAAAUCUCAUAGAUUUUGUCACUAAUAUGUCCACAGUCUAACAUCCCUCCACUCAAAAUCAAGCUAUCUUUAUACACGAGUGUUGCAUGCCCUCGACAUAAGUGAGGAAGCUUGACAGGAGAGAUCUUCCAUUCCACAGAUGCAUCACAAGAACUUGUUUCCAUUGUAUCUCUAUAUUCCUUUAUACGAUUAUAUCCUCCAGAGAUAAUGACCUCACCUUGAUAUGUGACGGCAGAUGCAUAAGCACAACAUGUCAACAUUGGAUUUAGCAAUGUCCAUGUGUUCUGUUCCCAGGAGAACAUUUCCACAGAAUUGAUGAAGCCCAUUCCAUUGUGCCCACCAGCGAUGAUGAUACUUUUUCUAACCAACUGUUGACCUGGAAUCUGCAACUGUUGAAUCUGCAGCUGAUCACUGAGCUCAUCCACCUUUGCAUUCAUAUUCUUAACUUCUUUCUUCAACUCAACACAAUCAUGGCACUGCAAACGUCUAAAAUAAUACAAAAUAUAUUACACCUGUAUAUAUUACACCAAAAUAUAUUACACCAAAACACAUAGGAGUGUCCCUUCUGGUCUAGUAUCUAUUCUUGUGUUCAGACAUUCCAACCACUGGAGGUAAAAUUUAGGGAGACUGUUCAGUGAAUUGAAAUCUAGUUCUUCUGGGGGGGAAAUAAUAAAAAUUAAGUCUUCUGAAAUGGCGUUUCCUGCAUUUUGGGACUAUGUUGUUAUAAGUAAUCCUAUAAAUUGCCAUAAAGCAACUUCAAAAAAGGUCAAGACAGACUAUUAUGUUGCUAAAAACAGUAUAUUUAUAAUUUUUUAUGAUAUUUCCUGAAUAUUUUGAAAAAUCAGGAGAAUUUGAUAAAAAUCGGGAGACCGGGAGAUUGCAUGAAUUUUCGGGAGACUCCCGGUAAAAUCAGGAGAGUUGGAAUGUCUGUGUGUUUUGGCUUAGUGACUACACAAUCUUUAUAGAGGAUGACACUGUACACUGUGUAUAGGUUUUCGCAAAACUGGAAGUAUGUAAUGGGUAAUUUGUGGCGGAGGUCAGGAAAACCUGACUCAAUAAUUGAGGCUAGGAUUUGUAUAGCAAGGUCACUAGUACUGUGGUGGCCAGUUUGACAUUAUCCCAUGUGACUGCUACAGAAACUAUAACAACAACAAAGCUUGGUGUCUAGGCCUCUUAUGGCCAGAGCCAACUGAGCUAUAAAUGUUAGUGGAUGUUUUAUGCACUAGAGACCUUUGUAGUUUGGGAUACUUUGGGGUUCAAUUCCCACUGUGGUCAGGUUAACUUUUCUGCCUGCCCAGUGUGGAUAUACAUGCACUCAGAGUCAUCAAAAACAUAAUAAGUUGUUUAAUGCUUGUUAAAUGUUGACACUUUUAAAAAUUGAUCAAUCAUAUAACUCCACAUAAUCCAAGACCAAGGUUUUUUUUAUCUACUAUGGCUUACCUAAACUCACAGACCUCAGCCUCAUGAUGUAACCUAUCUUGUCUAUUGAUGACGACCUCACAACCUUCGUUAAAACACUUCACUGCAGCAAAGCCACACAUACUGACAUGACGUUCUAGAUCACUUAACUUCAUAACAUCACGACAACCACGGUUGAGGAAAUUACAACGAAUUCUGAGCUCAGAUAAAUACUCUAGCACGAUUCUCGGUGCUUGGACCAACGUGUCCUCCGUCAGCUCAUCUCGACAUGUUGGACAGUUGUGGGUAUUUCUUAAAUGUUUGAUGAUACAUGCUCUGCAGAAAUGGUGUUGGUUGUUUCGACACAUCACUGGGUUGUUAAGAACGUUCAUACAUAUAGGGCAAUGAAAGCUAGGACUGAUUGGAUCUCUUUGUACAAAACGAUUGUCCUCAAAGCCUUGUCCUAGCCAUUUCUCACUUUCUAAUUGGCCUUCCAUAAAGCCUGCCAUGCUGGGAACGAGGUUGGCCAUAAUUCCACUGUACUUUCGACUUUUUUGUCACAUCCUAAAACAAGUAUAUUAAAGUUCUAUUAGUGGGUUUCAGAAAGUGUUAUAAACAUGUAAUAUAACUUGAAAAGAAUGCGAAGUCAUAUAUGACUAUAAAGUGUUACAGUAUAAUUAGGUUACAAACAAACCUUUCAAACUUCAAGGCUUAAUUUUGAGUAUAAAUAUAAUCCUUUUAACACUAGAUUUCGUUAAGUUGUCCGUUCCCUUCGCGUAUUAAAACUAGCCGUGUCUUCUGUGGUCGUGUCAUCAAGGGUCCAAGAUAUUCAAUAUGGGGACACUUUUUGUAUCUGCCGCUCUGUUAGCCCAGAGCCAAUCAGAGACAGCGAUCAGGAUCACGUGUGCUAUUUUGAUCUAUAUAUUUUGCAAACCAUAAAAACUGUAACUGGAUGGAUAUAUUUGUUAUAUUCAAUAAUGUUUGUGAUCAAUGUGUUGUUACUCUACAAUAACGUUUGUGAUGUUAGCUACGGCGGUCAAGUCGGUUCGAGUUGAUGAUAUUUCGGUACUCAGAGUCUAGUUCCUUCGAUAUCAGUGUAUUCUAAGACUAAGAUAUGAUAUUUGUGUGUGUUUGUGUGUGUUUGUGUGUGUUUGUGUUACAGUAUGUACUCAGGUGAAUAUGAUGUUUGUGAUGUUCUCUGAGUGUGCAUCAUCAUAUCUUAGAAUACACUGAUAAUCUGAUAUCGAAGGAACUAGACUCAGUUCCGAAAUUUCGUCAACUCGAACCGACUUGACCGCGUAGCUCAGUUGGCAGAGCAUUGGACUAUAGUGUCCCAAAGGUCGCGGGUUCGAUUCCCACCGUGGCCAAGCAAACUUUUCAGCUUGCCUGGUGUGGAUGCACACUCAGAGUAACAUCACAAACAUCAUAUUCACCUGAGUAUAUACUGUAACACCAACACAUAAAUAUUAUCUGAUUCAAUAAAUUCAAAAUGGCCGUCUUCGAUGGAGAGAAUAUAUUUUUUAUUUUUUUCUGUGUUGGUGUUAAAAGUGGUUUUAUGUGUAUACUGUUGAAAGUGUACAUAACAAUCCUUGUAUUUCCACGUUUUAAUUUGUAACACAACAGUAUUUCUUCGACUACAAUAAAUAUAAACUUUGUGCCCGUUGCCGAUUUAUGGGCGAUUCGCCUGUAAAUCGGCAACGGUAAGGCGAUUAAUUACCACAGUGAUCUGUAUUAGUGUAUAUAUGUUUUAAAUGUUUCUGAAGCAGAGUAAGAUAAGAAAUAUACGAGAUACUAGUGUAAGUCGUCGAGUGCAGUGAACAUAUCGAGUGUUGUUUAUAGCAGAAACUGCAGAGUAGUUUAAAAACCUUUGUUUGCUGCAGAUAUUAGGACUUGGCAUCACCAAAGUCUAAAUGUUUUGCUAUAAUUUUUAAUAUACUGUAUUCGCCAUGAUAAUAUGGCAGACCCGCUUUCACAUAAACACAUUCACAUGCAUAAAUAAUUACUAAUAAUCUAAUAGUCCCUUGCGUCGUGUGUCACAGACACAUCUGUCCACUACCUAUUAUCCAACAAUCGUCCAUUAAUAAUAACUACAACAACAAUGACCACAAACUGUCAACAUUUUGCGCAGAUACAUGUACGCCUAACGUACCUAUUUUUAGAAUUCCUCACUCGGGUUCACCACCAUCAUAUAUAUUUCUUCCAGGUGAGACUAAUUUAUCUGGGAAAUUCGACAUUGUACGAAUUGACCUUCACCCUUCAGAACAAUAUAAAUCGGUAAGAAAAUAGUUUAAUAAUUAAACUGCUGUAUUUUUUAUGAAACUAGUUUUGUGAAACAGUUCUGACUAGUACUGGAUCUAAACAAACUAUAGGCCUAUAAACUGGAUCUAAAACAGGUACUCCUUGUUGAUCCAUUGUUGCUACUGGGAGAAACCUAAACUUACUUAUACUGGAGAGCUUUAUCAGUUCUAAACUGUUCAAGUUGUUCACCAGUAGGAAUCCUCCUUUAUUAAUCCAGUUUACUACAGGAAGAAACCGUAAUAUACCUGGACAUGCCUGGAAAAAUUCUCACAUGAUUGUGUUUAAUAACAAAUAUUCUUCUUUCACAGAUGAUUCUUGCUGGACAACGACCUGAAACUAUCAUGGAGAUAUGCUCUAGAGCUUUGUCAUUCUGGACAUACCAGGUACUGUAUACUGUAAUACAUUUUCAAUUUGCUCCACCUAUGAUUUGAAUACGACUUUAUAUACACAUAAGAUGAACUACAUGCACAUGAACUUUAUUAUUUUUUUCCGCCCCAGUUCAACGGAUCAUCUCACUCUUGUACAUGCAAAUCGUGCUAGUGUAUGUUGAACUGUCAGUGCUAGUGUAGGUAGUGCCAAUAAUAUGAACAAGCUUUCGUUGGUAGGGAUGCAACUACCUGCUGAAAGAUAUACGGAGAAUUUCGACGUUUGGAGUGUUUCCUCACUCAGUUCAUGUGUAUUUCGCAGGCACAUCAAGAGCGUACGUACCAGGAGUAUGUGUCCAAUAAAGCGAAGGAGAAAAAUGUUCAAUUGGAAAAUUAUUACGAACAACUCAUUGCCAAAUCACAACAAGAAAUAUCUUGUAUCCUUUAUACAUAUUAGCAUUAUACACAGGAAGAUAAUAUAUACAUAUAUUGGGACGUAGAGAGUUUUUCUUAACAUUUUGCUAACAACAGCUCUCAAGUCAGAAAUAUCCAGUAAGUUUUAUGGUCACCAAUAUCUUCACUAUUGUACCUUCAAUAUUGUGUCUAAAAUGCUUAUUUAGAGAACAACGGAGAAUUUUCUUAUUUUUUAAAGCAAAAGUAAAAGAAUUGGAGGAGACGAAGAAAAGAUUGCAUGAAGCUUCAGAGAAGUUGCAAGAAAGAAGUCGACAACAUCAAAAACUUCAGGUAUGCCGCACGGGUUGGUCAGUUGGUAGGUCACUUUGUCGUUCAGUCACUUAGAAAAAUAUUGAAUGAAAAAAUUAAAGUAAAACCUGAAGGCGAAGGGAUAAAUUGUGUUUCCAACGUGAUGCAAAAGUCAAAAAUAAGAUUUGACUCAAGUGGAAUUUGAAUUCGCAACUUCCGGUCGGUGGGUCAAGCCACACUUACAAACCUCUUGGGGGUCUGAGGUAUACCCACGGAAAAUUUUGAAAUCUGGAGUCUCUGAAAUGACAUUUCCUGCAUUUUGAGGGAAGAUUUAAACUUUUAUAGAAUACUAAAGAUUAUAUUCUAAACACACGCCUUAAAAAAUGCAUUUUUAACUAUUUAAUCACAGGCCCACGCUGGGUUAAUAACAUGAUCAUUUCGCCAAACAAUUCGCUUCAUCUAUAGGGCAUUUCUGUAUUCAAUCUGUAUCGAUGCUAAAUAAUUAAUAGUCUGGAAUUUCAGCAAUACUUGAUAGAUUAUUUAUAGGAUUUUUGCAUACCGUAUUACUAAUUAUUUCUUAACAAAUGUACACUCUAGGCUUCUCCAUGCGGUAAUCAGUGGUCGUGGAAACUCGGUAAAUUUUACCUGUUACCGCCUGAUAAGGAGAACCCUAUCAAUAGAAGACGCGCGUAAGAAAGGCGACACAAUUUCUGACAAUAUUUUUUCUUAUUCCUAGGUGAUGUACGAUACUUUAAGAAGGUAAGAUUGAAAUUCUUAACUAUUUUUCGCAGAUGACUAUCUUUCUUUACCCAUAGUAUUUGUAAGAACGUACUUUACGUUUCAUGUAGGAAAUCCAUAAACCACUCGGUGUUUAAUUAUGGAGACGCUGUAGUAACUGACGUAGGCAGAAGAAAAAGUGCUUUUGAUUUAACAUUAGGAACAGCUGCAGGUGAGGAUGCAUCAUGACUUGCUCUUUCAAUAAUCUAUACAAAGCAUGGUGUGGUAGAUAUAGUUAGCGCGCUGCCUCUCAGUGAAGCCUGCUACUGAAGAGGUGGAGGGUUACGUUGCUUGAUGGGUGACUACAUUGCUGCUAUAUAGGGGCUCUUUUCCAUUCAUCGUAAAAAUCAACUAGCAAGCUCUCUGCGAGUGCUUCCAUCUAAUUAAGACAAACUGUCAAGCAUUGUCAUUGGUUGCAAGCAGUUGCAGCGAGCCUGUGAGUUGACUCUUAUUGAAAAGAAGCUUGAAAACUCGUGUAAGUGAGCUGUGGUUGAUUCUCUACAUCUGCGGCUUUGAGGCUUUUGAAAGUCCGCGUACAAAGACUAACCGUUGUACCUUAGCUGUGCUCCGUGACAUGGAGUGUAUGGCACCCUCCUAGUAGUACACCCUUCCCGCGGAAUAGAGCCUCGACUUCGUGUAUGUGACAUUAGUUCAAGCUUAUAACGUCUCAACCACAAAAACGAGGCUCUCUAGCCAAGGUGACGUAAUUUCCGACAGUGUAUUAAGCCUUAGAUUCUGUCGUGUUUAAGCAAUACACAGUGUCCUUUCCAAUCCAGCUUUCAGCCUCAAAGAAAGAUCAUCAUCACCUCACCCCUACCUUGGUCUGAUAUUGCUUAUUUUCAUUCACUCACUACCGCCAUGUAAUUUUACUUUGUCUAAAUUUGAUCUGUUGCAGAUAUAUUAUCACGAAACGGUCAUUCUAACAGUCUGGUUGAUUUGAGUCGUAUUGGUGGAACUAACGCAUUAGUAAAUCUUCCAGAAAGUAAGUAAAAACUAAACCUACUUUAUUUGUAUAUCCGAUAACAUGAGUUUGAAAGCUCGUUUACACUUGCAAUUUUAGGUGCGAUUUUCUUCUCCUGAAUGUGAACGAGUAGAUGAGUUGUGAAUGUUCAGAUAGGGUACUCAGAACAUCCAUAACUAUGUUUGGUAGUAAACUCAAACUUGAGGCAUUCUUCUCAAAUGUGAGAUGAAACUCAAACAACUGCAUAUGGCAAGAAUCCAACCCUGAGUCACAUGCACAUGCAUUUAGAUGUUAAGGCCCCAUUUCCAUUCAAGAAAAAUUUCCACGAACAGAAAAGAUUCCGAAAAUAUCAUUGUUAAAAGUUGAAAAUUUUCAACUUCAAAAUUUUUUUCCGACGGAAAAUUGGUGUCGGCCAAUCAUAUUUUACAAAUUUUUUUCCGCGGAAAACCUUCUUGCGUGGAAAUGUGCCUUUAAGCCUGUUUUCCACUAACGAAUUGUUUCGCAUGAAACGAUUGUUCUAUUGUUAAAAUUGAAAAGAAUUUAUUAAAAAUCUUAUAAGACAAAUUUCGCUAGUGGAAAACAGCGGCUAAAAAGUUAACACUGCAAUGUCAUGCCCUCUGAUCAUUUUCACCGAUAUAGAAGAGUUUGUAUGGAAGCCCAUGUCUACAGUGGAAGACCAAUGUGAAGUACACACCCCCCUGCUUAAUGAAGCACAAGCACUACAAAACCGUGUUCAUUUGGAAAUCCCGGGGUCAGGUAUUAAACGACGACUUGGAAUCAAGAAGAUUGGACCAUGAAACUGUAUGUACAGUAUUUUUCCCAUUGUUUUACUGUUUUAUUGUACAGUAUAUGAUUUUUAAGCGCUUUUUUCCAUAGACCUUUUGUAAUAUACGAAAGGUAUAUGGGUCGCUUAGCAGCGUCAGACUUGUUUUAAAAGUGCGUUAUACUUUUAAAAGUUUCAUAGUUUUAAAAGUUUUAUAGUAAUUUACUAUCUUGUGAAUCCAAUCAACAUACACGGAAACUUUAGUGUAGCAGUCAACCUUUAAAUAUAUCAGCGAUACCCGGUACCCUAUAUUUGGAUUAUUUUUUUGGUAAGAAAUUAGUUUACCACAAUUUCUCUACACACAACAUACUGCAAUACAAAAGUACAGAUCUAAAAAACUCCAUAUCUUAUACAUAUCAAAGUCUGAAACCUUAUUGUAAGUUUUUUGUUAAAAAGUUGCUUUAGAACAAUUUUUCACUACAAUCUAUAUACUGUUAUAAACGUUGUGUUCUGUUUUAGCACAAAAACCUUACUUCUAUACUACUUACAUUUAAAAAAACUUUAUCUUAAAACUAUAAAACUCGAACAACAGUUUGAAUUUAAGAGUUAAUUAUUUUGUCAAUCCAGUUAACAUACGCCGAGACUUUUGUGUAGUAGCCAACCUCUCCCUUCUGUGCACAACCAACCCCCCAGCUUACAACACCCACUUGAAACCAACGCCAUUUUCCGCUUACUGGAUGAAGGUUUAACACCAUCCCCGGACUACCACUAUCACCAUAGCAAGUAUCUUUCUGGCCAGUAAUGUCACCAGCACAGAACUGUGUGGUGCUGUUGAAAUACCAAAUAUCUUUAUUCCUUUUCAAUUCUUUGGCAGUCUUGUUUUUCACAUUGUCAUCACAGAAUUUGUUCGCUUUAAACGGUAGCUUGACUUGGUUCAGAUCUUUUGAUCCAUCUAAUCCACCAGAAAAUUCAUUUGGUUUGAGCGGUGUUGUUCUCCCCCAGCCAACUGCAUACAUCUCGUUGCCAUCUUUGAUGAUGUUUGUUGUGUUUACUUCACGUGGUACACAGAUUGCGUGUUGGUUCCGUGUGAAGCGUUUUAGUUUGGGGAUCUUAAUUAGUGCGAUAUCAUUUCUGAAGUUUCUUGUGUUGAAUUCAGGGUGGAUGUGGAGCGAAAGACUUGCAAGCAUUGUACGUCUUUUGUCUUGGAAUAACACUUUUACCCUAUAGCGAGGACAGAAAUCGUCAUUAUGGACGUUGGGGUGAUGGUGGUGACGAUGACAGGGAUAAUACUGUGUGAUGGUGUCCUGAUGCUAGUGAACUAGUGAUAAUGGUAGUGAUGGUCGAUGCAGGUGAUGGUUCAUUGAGAUGAAGGUAGUGAUGGUGGUCUUAAUGAUGGUGGUAUUAAUGAAGGUGAUUAUAAUGAUGAUGAUAAAUAAUAAUAAUGGUGGCUAUGGUACUGAUUAUAGUAAC